AUGAGUCAAUGUUCGAAUGUGGUGGAGGGGCAUUAUAUAAAGACCAAAGGCAGUGAGGUGAAGGCAAAGAGAAGUAACUUGUUCACUCUGAGAAACCAGCUGGUCCAUCCCACACAAGGCAGAAUGAAAUCCUUCUUGCUCACUCUCGCUGCCGUGCAGAUCCUGCACUGCUCAGGAGUGCCAAGCACCAAGGAAGCUCUGAGAGCCUCAGUUAUAAAGCUGAAUGAAAUUACCAAGAUCACCAGCCUCUGUGGUAUCACCAGGAGAGGAGUGACAAAUACAUAUCGUACAGGUAAACUGUCCUACAGCAUGGAUUUAACGUUCUCCGUAAAAGAAACAGUCUGCUCCAAGAAUUCUGGACAGGAAUUUGAUGAUCCCAACUGCUCCUUUCACCCUGCGGUGAGUCCGGAAAAGGGUUUUGCAAAAGCUAUGUGGAAUUUUUUUGCUGAUAAGGCAGCUGAUGUUGAAGUGGAGUGUGACGGUCUGACGACGGUUGACAGCAAAAGUGACUCAACAGAAACAAGUGAAAACAGUAUUGAGGAACAAAGCAAGUCAAAAGAAACACCACUUGAGGAAACCUCACAUGUAGAAAGCAAGUCAAAAGAGACAUCAGCUGAGGAGUCUUCUCAUAUGAAAAGCAAGUCAACAGAAUUGUCACUGGAGGAGUCAUCAAACAAAGUGGGCCAGAUUGGGCUCGAUCAAAACUAUUACUCAGACCCAGCUCCUGUGGUCAGUAAGGCAACAGACAAUCCACUGGAGGAACUCAGCGGGAACCCAGUGGAAAUCAGUUUUUCUACACUUUUCUAA